CCCGGCCCCUUCCCCUCAGCGGAGCGGCGCCUCCUCCUCCUCCUCCUCCUCCCGCUCCCGCUCCCGCUCCCGGCCGUGCCGGACAAUAGGGGCGAGCGCGGCGCGUGUCCCUUGGCGCGGCCCCCGGCCCUCCAUGCGCGGCGCGGGGCAGCGGCGCUGACAGCGGCUCCCGCCGGCGGCAGCGCGCCCGAGGGCGGGCGGGCGGGAGGGAGGGAGCGGCGGCGGCCGCGGGCUGCGGGCCGGGACUCGCCGCCCCGGGCGCUGACAGAGCCGUCCCGCUCCGCCGCCUCCCCCCAGCUCCCGCCGGCGGCUCCCGCCGGGCUUUGGCGGCAGCGAAGCACAAAGGCGCGGGGCCCGGCGCGGCCCGGCCCGGCCCCCCGGGGGGCGCGGGGGCGGCGAGGAGGCGCCGGGCCCCCGCGGGGCUUCGCCGCCGGCCCUUCCCCGCUGCGGGGAGCCCUGCGCGGGCAGGUGCGGCGGGCGAGGCCGCUGCCCCGCGGCGGGCCGGCGCACCGAGGCUUCGUCAAUGGAAGUAUGUUACCAGCUGCCCGUGCUGCCGCUGGACAGGCCGGUGCCGCAGCACGUCCUCAGCCGCAGAGGGGCCAUCAGCUUCAGCUCCAGCUCCGCACUCUUCGGCUGCCCCAACCCCCGGCAGCUCUCGCAGAGACGUGGAGCAAUUUCCUAUGACAGCUCGGAUCAGACUGCGUUGUACAUUCGUAUGCUAGGAGGUGACUUGAGAAGGAGAGGAUGCAUGACAGGGCCAGGAGUUCAGUCAACCUAUGAAUGUUUUCAGAGCUCUUGUGUAAUAUUCAAACAGCUGAGCACAAGAGAUGUGCGAGUAAGAAGUCGGGCAGGAUUUGAAACAGAGAGAAGAGGUUCUCAUCCAUACAUUGAUUUCCGUAUUUUUCACUCAAAUUCUGAAAUCGAAGUCUCUGUGUCUGCGAGAAAUGUGAGAAGGUUGCUUAGUUUCCAGCGAUACCUGAGAUCUUCCCGUUUUUUCCGUGGUAUCACUGUUCCAAAUUCUUCAAACAUUUUAGAUGAUGAUUAUAAUGGACAAGCAAAGUGUAUGCUGGAGAAGGUUGGAAAUUGGAAUUUUGAUAUUUUUCUGUUUGAUAGACUGACAAAUGGAAACAGUCUAGUCAGCUUAACCUUUCAUCUGUUUAAUCUUCAUGGACUAAUUGAACACUUCCAGUUAGAUACGAUGAAACUUCGUAGAUUUUUGGUUAUGGUUCAAGAAGAUUAUCACAGUCAAAACCCUUAUCAUAAUGCAGUUCAUGCUGCUGAUGUGACUCAGGCCAUGCACUGUUACUUAAAAGAGCCCAAGCUUUCCAAAUCUUUAACUCCGUGGGAUGUUCUGCUCAGUUUAAUAGCAGCUGCCACACAUGACUUGGAUCACCCAGGCGUUAACCAACCCUUCCUAAUUAAAACAAACCAUUAUUUAGCGACUUUAUAUAAGAAUACCUCAGUAUUAGAGAACCAUCACUGGAGAUCGGCAGUGGGGUUGCUGAGAGAGUCUGGUUUAUUUGCACAUAUGUCGUUAGAAAACAGGCAGCUGAUGGAAAGCCAGAUAGGCGAUCUCAUUCUUGCCACAGACAUCAGUCAGCAAAACGAGUAUCUGUCCAUGUUUCGAUCCCAUUUGGAUAGAGGAGACCUAUGUUUAGAGAAUGCAAACCAUCGGCACUUCAUUUUACAGAUGGCUUUGAAGUGUGCGGAUAUUUGUAACCCCUGUCGGACGUGGGAGCUGAGCAAGCAGUGGAGUGAAAAAGUAACAGAGGAGUUCUUCCAUCAAGGUGAUAUUGAAAAAAAAUAUCACUUGGGUGUGAGUCCACUUUGUGACCGACAGACAGAAACUAUUGCCAACAUCCAGAUUGGUUUUAUGACCUACUUAGUGGAACCUCUGUUUGGGGAAUGGGCCCGGUUUUCCAACACCAGGCUGUCACAGACAAUGCUUGGCCACCUGGGACUGAACAAGGCAAGCUGGAAGGGAGUGCAGAGGGAACAGUCUGGCAGUGGUGACGAUGUUGACCCUACUUUUGAGGAAAUGGACUCAGACAUAUUACCUCAGGAACCUCGAUUGUCCUGACCUCAGUCCUCAUGACAAAACUGCCUCUUCUAUUGGUAUCUGCACGGUUGGAUUAAAGGAGAUACGUGCCAGCCCAAGGUUUUAGUAAAAUGGUAAAAUGA